AUGCCGCACUCCGAAAGGUCCGCUUCCAGUGGCAGGGCAGAUUUGCCAACGCCAAAUGUUCCGAGUUCGACUUCCAGGCCUAUGAAGGAAACAAAAAUGAGGAAGAUCUUCGAUCACCUGCAGGAGAAGUCGCCCGUGAUGAAAGCAUCGAAGAUGGAGCGGGCCAUGCAACUACUCGGAUUGAACCCAACACCUGCCCAGGUGUGUGACGUGUUGCACCGCGUGGGUCAGCCAGUCGUCCUCGACUUCGAGGCCUUUGGCCAAGCAAUGAAGGAGGCACAGGCAAGCUGGUCUAAAUCCGCCGAGGCCCAAGCGGAAGAGCUUCGAAAGUGCUUCGAAGACUUCGACCCCGAAAAGAAAGGCUUUUUGCCACGGUCCACCAUUGCCAAGAUCAUGUCUAUCGACAGCGGCUUCUUCUCUGAGAAGCAACUGGAGGACAUGUUACGCGGAGUCCCAUUGACCAGUGACGGGUAUAGAUAUUCUGACCUGAUCGAGAAGCUUCUGGAUGAAGAGGCCUUGUCAUCCGACGUGAGCGAGGGAUCGGACCAAAACGAGUCCGGUUUCGGUGAAGAAAGAGGGAAGGCCCAGCUUGAAAGGCAACUUGCAGAAGUGAGAGAAGAUCACCAGGAACAGUCAGAGAUGAUGCAGGCCACACUCAGAGAAGAGCUUGCCGAAGCAAGGCAGGCGAAGGAAGCUGCUGAGGCCAAACUUAGAGAAGAGCUUGCCGAAGCAAGGCAGGCGAAGGAAGCUGCUCAGGCACUAGCGGAGGAGAAAGCAAAACUGCUUGCGGAAGAGGCCACACUUAGAGAAGAGCUUGCCGAAGCAAGGCAGGCGAAGGAAGCUGCUCAGGCAACAGACAAGUAUGAAGGGCGCGAUCUUGAAGGAGGCGGAGGCCACAUUCCUCUACAGGUGGAGAGUGAAGGUGAGGAGAAGGGGCAGAAGGAUGCGAAAGAUGCAGCGAAGGAGAAGCACAAGUUGGACGAUGACGGGAAGAUAUUUUUCACCCGGUCCAACUUAUGUUUGGCACUUUGCGUCACUUUGAGGGAAGUCCCAUCUGUGUUGAGCGGCAGCCGCAUGGGAGACAAAACAUUUAAAGGUCGCAUCAAGGAAGGAGCGAAGUAUUGCUAUGCAUCGUACCCAGGGAAGUUCAAAACUGGAUUUGUGGCUCUCACCAGCGAUGAGGGUGAGUUCAGUGAGCAGAGUGUGGCAUGCGUGUAUUUUUGCACAAAAGAAGACGGUUUGGGUAAGCAUCACACUGACCCAGAGGAUCCCAAAGGACGUUGCUUUUGUCGGUGGAUCUACGGUGAGGGCAAUGAUUUGAACAGAGAUUACGAGACGUUUGGCUAUCUGCACUGGGUUGGGGAGCCUUACACCAAGGAGAAGGUGGAGGAGGCCGAAAGAGUUGCGCAGGCGAUGGGUGCCGUUCUCCUUCAGAAGGAUGCGAGCGAGUUUAACAAACAAAAGGGGAAGGAGGAAGCCAAGAGACGGUGGAACAAGAGUGGUCGUGUCCCGGCCUGGGGGUGCGAUUGGUUUUAUGUUUGGUUCGGGCACAUGAAAAAUGGAGUCCGUCAAGGUCAGCGCCUGAAGGUGGUUUUCUACCCAGGCAUGGCCGGGAAGGGUACUGUCACCAUGAAAGAUUUGCAAGAUCCAAAGGUAUCUUUGUGGGAUUCAGACCCGAAGAAGAGAGGCCUGGGCGGGUCUCAAAAAGCUGAAGUGGCGAUGAUAGAGGCCAUGCGAGAACGAUAUGGUGAUGCAUGGGCUUAUGACCCAGUGGAUGUGUCAGAUUUCCUCAAGGAUUCCUUUUCUUGUGGACAAACCGUUGCCGCGUGGCACGACAACAAGUGGCAUAGAGGGGAAAUCCUUGAGGUGCCCAGCGGCCGGCCAGGUGAUGGCUUGGAGUGGAAGGUUAAGUCCAAGGAGACCGGCCAAACAUUCCCAACCGAACACCUUCGACAUGAGAGUGCAGCACCACAGACGUUGGCCGACAAGUUGAGUGAGCCCAGUUUCAUGAAGGCCUUGAAAGACUGUCUUCCCGAGGGCCAGGAAGUGGUAACAACAAUUCCCAAGGAGCAGAGGCUCCACAAUGGUGAUCCUGCAAUCACAUUUGAUCUUCAAAGUGCGAAUGUGGAAGCAUUGAAGAAGCUGUGCAGCACAGUGCUCUCGGGCGAUUUGGAAUUCGCGCUCAACGCGGCUGCCUUCAAGCAACAACACGACCUUGCUUGGCAGGUACAGAUUGAGAAGACUGAGUUUGUCAAAGCAUACAAGAACGUGCUGAUGAGUUCCACCAAGCUAACACUACACCAAGAAGAGAAGCUCAGAGAGCUGGAUGAGCCUGGAGAUGUUCACCUGGCGGCAGCAGCGGGGUCAGGGAAAACCUUCAUCGCAGUUCGGAAGAUUCUUUCGACCCUGGGUGCAAGCACAGAUGAUCAGGUCUUAUUCGUCGCUCCUUCCAAGUGUCUUUGCCUUCAUUUUCUGCGAUGGUUUGUGGCGAUGACUGGAGAUGGAUCAGAGAGGCUUGUGCUGGAAGAUGUGAGGAUGUUGCUCUCUCGAGUCAGGUUUUUGCAUGCCCCUUACGAGAGUCUCAUGACCGCCAGCAUCAAGUCAGGCGCCCGAAUAGAGCUUGCAAGAGAUGAACACCCCACCUUCGAGUUUGUCCUUACGGUGGUCGAUGAAGCCCAUGACAUUUUUCGACCAGAUGUUCACCAGGGACUGCUCAUUCAAACUUUGCGGAGCUCCCAGAAGCGGAUUAUUUUGUCAGAUGCUUCGCAGUCAUCAGCCUUCGUGCAGAAUUACCCUUUAGAAUUCCCAGUUCGUCGAGUAUCUCUUGAUCAGGUGAUCCGCUGCACCGAGCGGAUCGUCCUCGGUGCUAAGUCGUUUCAGCUGAAUUCGGAUCAGGGUGAUGAUGUGACUUCAGUAGGCUCCAACGGCCCACCUUUGAAGACGUUCAUUUUUGAACGAGGAAAGGGAGCUCCGCCACUGUACGAAGACUACUGCCAAAACACGAUGCAGGCGCUCAAGCAUGUGAGUUCUUCAUAUCCACGAUUGACUUUUCACCACAACAUUGCAAUCAUGGUGCCCGACCUUAAUUUCCUCGGAGAGUUCAAACCGCUUUUGGAAGAAAAGCUGAAGGAAGAUAUUGGAUGCAGGCCACUUUGCAAGAAGCUGGGUCUCAUCGACUUUGAGGAGUCCCUGUCCUACCUGAUCUCAUCACAUGCAGACGAGGAACAGGCCUCUGAGGCCGAGAUGAUGAUCCUGGAUACCAUCGACAAUGCAAAAGGCUUGGAACAACUGAUCAUCGUUGCUGUUGGAAUGGAUGCGGAGAUCAGUCCCACAGGACAUAUUGAUGAUUUGUUAGCACGUGCAAGGCUAUAUCAAAGCAUAACACGGGCUCAAUUGAUGGCCAUCGUGGUGAAUGAGUAUGUACCAGGGGGUGGCUCGCACAUCUGGCGAAUUGCAGGUUGA